UAAGAAGUUUUGCUGAAAAUGGGUGUUGUUCAAAACAUCCCCACAAGGUUUCGCUUGUCAGCAUAUAAAGCAUCUCCCUGAGAAUACAGCACCUUAUAGGAGGAAGCCCAUCUGCAGAUCUUUCAUCUCUCUACCGUUGAUUCCUCUCAUCUGACCAACUUGCUCCACAAGAUGUGGAAGAACUCGCUGCCGUUCUCCUCAGCAGUCCUGCUCUUUCUCUUGCCCUGGUUUGGUGGUCUGGUCAUGGGAGAGAUCAGCAAGGACUUCUCCCCCUGCCUCGAUUUCUUCUACAAUAAAACUCCCCCUAGGGGGAUUAUUGGUGCAGAAUACCAGCCUAUUUGUCAGCGCUACAAGAACAGAUAUCACUUUGCCAGCCUGUACAACCGUCGGCAUCGGGCUCCUUUGUACUCUGCCUACAUUCUGAGUCCUGCUGAUGGAAGGCGGCCCAAACCCAAGUGGAAGUAUGAACCACAGUUGGCGUUUUCCGGUGCCAGUCCAGAAAUGAAAGAUUUUAAAGCCACAGUUGAUCAGAAUGUUGUUGAAAGCCAAGCCGUCCUCCAGGACUACAAGAACUCUGACUUCUCCAAAGGUCACCUCUGUCCUAGUAUGCACCAGAGGAGGGAAGAAGACAGGAAAGCCACCUUUACUCUGACAAACAUUGUCCCUCAACGGGUUGCCUCAAACUCUGGGCCCUGGAACAGGCUGGAGAAAGAGGUGCUGAACAGAUUCAAGGACUUCUGCAACGGGCUGAUGUACGUAAUCACUGGUACCAUGCCUUACAAAUCAAAGACACGCUGGAUCAAAAACAGAGUGUCUGUUCCUGAGUACAUGUGGUCUGCUUACUGCUGCCCCUCGUACAGAGCUGACCUCCCUGAGGCUAUGAAACAGUUCUUUCCUACAUUUGGUGCCGUGGGAAGAAAUGAUCGCAGCAGCGGAGAGGAGAUUGUUCCUAUUAAUGCUGCAGUGAAGCCAUCAUUUCGAGGUUAUGAUGUAAGGCAGGUGCCUCUGAAGAAUUUGGAGGGCAUCCUGGCGCAGAGGCUGAAUGCUACUAUCCGUCUGUUUAGUGGAAAAUGUGAGAAAUGAAGGAAUUCAAAUUUAUAAAAGGAUUGGCUUUAUUACUCACCACUGAGUCACAAGUAAUAAUUUGGAUUGUUUUAUUUGUUAUAAUAAAUUUUACAAGGGCUACAAUCAACUAGACUCUUU